AUGAGGGUCGGUCUCCUCAAGUCUACCUCGAGCGCUGGUCGCCCCAAGGAGGGCCAAUCCAAUAUCCGUGGAAAAGUCAUAUCUGGACCUAUUCCUAUACCAGAUCCGGUAGAGGACGAUGAGUUUCCUAUGCGCCAACCUAGCACCGGUCUUGCCACACCAUUGGGCAACGAGGGUGCGAACAAAGUUGUGCCGCAGGAGAGGUCUUCUACUCUGGAGACCCGAAGCACCACCAGCGGUACUCUUGAGGUGCCACAGGAGGAAAGGGUAGCAUCAUCGCUCCGAGCUGGCACAAGACAAGCUUCAGACACAUCUGGUAGUCCUACCCAAAAGCGCACAAAUAGCACUCUGAGGUACUCCACAAUCAGCAGCGCAACAGAUCAAAGCCACAUCCUUCCUCGUCGCAAGAAGUCCACCCUACGCUCUACCUUAGGAAGGCUUUUUGGGCGAAAGAAAGCAGCACCUCGAAGCUUGGCAACUCAUCAGGAGGAUCCUGCAAGCUCCGCACAGCAUCGCAGUGACCCAUCUAACCUAGGUCGGGUAUUGACUAGAGAGAGUGAACCAAAACGAUCUGCAUCUUUACCAAUCACAGAGUUCGACCGAGCUUUACGCUCACAUUCAAUUGGACUCGACGACAUUCUUGCAAUAGAGAGUGCGCGCAAUUCCCUCAAUGGCGAACCGAUGCGGUCCAGACGAAGGGCAGCGACAACGAGUAGCAAGCUGUACAUAAGAAAAAGCAGAGAGCUGAACGAGUUAAUUGGAUUGUCUCCGAGGCCUGCUAGCACUCAUGGCAGGACUGUUCAAGACGGCCUUGACGGGGAUGACCCGGAAAAUAUUGGUCGAGCAAUAACGAGCGACGUUUUGAUGCAACACAGGCGGUCUAGGAGCCUAUCUCAGUUGAGAAACGUUGCGGAGGGCUCUAAACCACGGAGUCGCAAUGACGAAAUUCGCUACUGGAGGGAGAGCUAUGGCCCAGGGCUCCAGUCCCCAAGCGCCUCCAGUGCCGCUGUCGAAAACGACGACGUUAUAGACGGCACGGGCCACCCUACUCUAGACUUGCCAGAGCUGCCACAGGCCGAAGAGCCAAAAACACCGCCUCAACCAUUUGAUUUUGGACUUCUGUUUGGAACGAAGAUCACGCAGGCAGCAAGCCUUGAAGAGCGUGUGGCUACUCUAGAAGUUCGGAACGAGAAGCUCGAAAGGUUGGUGACACAACUCUUUGAGUUGGUUCCUGGUGUGAACAAGUACGAAGGCAUACCACGUCAGAGAGGUGUAUCACGGCCCAGCGCGCCCUCUAUGGCAUACACAUCAUCCCCAAUGGCCCCUUCGGCCUAUCCAACGGCAUCACUUGGUGAGAGUCCUUCAAGAUACUCCAGCUCUCGGCAUUCGAACGAUUCUUUUGGAGAGGGCGUCACUUUCAUUGGCUCUAUUCCACCCGCCCCUGGCCCUCUCAACCGGCCCAUGUCAACAGCGACAGUAAGGGGGGCGGCCAGUUUGCCCACACUGUCAAGAGAAACAUUAAGCGAUGAUCGCUACAGCACACUCCUGACUUUACUCGAGUCGGAACGGGCUGCACGACAAUAUUUGGAGGCCCAAUUGACCAGAUUAAGUAAAAAAUUUGACAUAUUGUCGCAAACUCCGCAAAAAGCCCAUCCAUUCGUUCAGCAAACCCACCGUAUAACUUACUCCGUUUUUGAGCACGAUGACGACGAUGACGAGGCAAAUGAGGCCGGGCGUGAUGACCAAUCGGUGUCUGAAGCGUUUGAGACGCCACGUGAGGAACGCCCCAAGCAUGGGUUCGGGGCGUUUGGAGAAGAGCUUACGGACGAGGAUGAAGACGGUUCUCGGAAGAGAGCUGCCAGGACACUGUCGCUGAGCCAGCUAACAAUGCGGACGCCUCGGAAAUCGCCUACAACAGAGUCAGGUGUCGAGUUAUGA